AUGAUGUUCGCACGUGGCGUUUGGUGCGUCCUUGCCCUUGCUCUGGUGGCGGCGGAUGUUGCUGAGAGGCCCAAAUUGAAGCGUCAGAACGCCUCUUCCAACCUUGGCGCCCUCGGAAACGUCAGCAACGCCAGCAACGCAUCGCAACUCCGGGGCUCCCAGGAGAAAUCGAAACUUGGGCCAGUGCCUGGUUUCCGACCUGGGGUGGUGGUGCCUGGCCGAGUGGCGGCCAUGGUGGCGGCCAUGGUGGCGGCCAUGGUGGUGGUCAUGGUGGCAGUGGUUGGGGCAGCGGUGGCGGCUACAGCGGCCCCUGGGCGUAGCGGCUUUGGUUGGGGCCAUGGUGUCCCCGGGGAGACGUGCUGCAUGUGCUCCAAACGCGGCUCCUAUGGCAAGACCAUUCUCUAUGCAGGAGGCGACUUCGAUCAUCGCUAUGGGGAGGAGUCGGCACAUGAGCACUGUGAUUCGGUUUGCGAACUUCAAUGCGCCCUGCAGAACGGUCACAAGUUCGGCUGCUACGAGGAAGAGGCUUUGCUCACUAUGAGCCAAAGGUACCAGGGCCAGUCCAAUUUCGUGAUUUACCACGAGAACCGCUUUGGCAACAUUUGCUGA